CAUGAGGAGCAGCUAUAAGUCAGGUCAAAUGACCUCAUUUCACUCAACAUACUGAAAACAUGAAGGCGUUCAUUGCUGUUCUCAUUGCUGCUCUGUGCUUUGAAGGGCUGAAUGCACAGUGUCCUGAACCAAGCGCACUGCAGGACGGCGAAGGAAACAAACUCUGCGCACGCAUGUUUGAACACAGCAGCUAUUACUAUGACAUGAGCUGCUACGGCAACUUUUUGGAUGUUUAUCCUGAUGAAGACGUUCCCAUCAUCCCCAGGGCUUGGGACAACCGUGUCUCUUCUCUCGUGGUGGCCAGGUCCUGCAGCCUGACAGUGUGGUCUCGAAGCAAGAAGCAGGGUUCCAAGAAGAAGUUUUCUGCUGGCAUCGUGUACCACCUCAAGGAAGUGAAACAAGGCCUGUUUGGCAACUGGAACGAUUCCAUCUCAGGAUACUACUGCACAUGCUAGAUGUGAAACAAGGCUAUAGACAGAAGCUCAUUGAACUUUAACAUUUAAUGUUAAUAGAACAAGAAAAGAGCUGUAAACCCUGGUACAUGCAUG